UUCGCGGUCCUUUUCUGUUCCGAGGUGAGGCUUCCGAUCUUCGUCUCCACCGCAAGAUCUGGAAGGGGUUGGGAAAUGCGCGAUUUUGCUGCUUGACGACGAUUGCCGGGUAGGAAGAAUUCUGGGGUCUCUGUGGAGGAAGUGCUUUUGGAAGCGGGGGUUGGUGUUAGCGGGGCCAGUCGCGCCGGCAGAUGAUUAUGGAGCCGCGCGUCACCGGAUUCUCCGGCUCCUUGAGCGCCUUCAAGUUCGACGACGAGACGCUCUUGCCGUUUUCGGAUCAGCGCUUGAAUUUCGCGAAUGGGUUUAGUCGUGGCGACCCCCCGUCCUCGGAUCUGAGCUUCAUGGACAAGCCUUUCGCGAGCACGGAGGCGGAUUUCCCGUCCGACGAUAGCGACUUCUCCGAAACCGUGUUCAAGUACAUAAAUCAGAUGCUUUUGGAGGAGGACAUGGAGGAGAAGGACCUUAUGUUUCAUGACCCUUUGGCUCUCCAGGCAGCUGAGAAGUCGCUCUAUGACGUUCUCGGCGAGACGUACCCAUCUGAAGCGAACCUGUCCCCUCCGUUCAUGGAGAGUCCGGAGACGAAUUAUUCGGGAAACAGUAGUGACUACGGUAAGAGCAGCCCUUCUAGCAUUACCAGCGGCAGCAACUUUGCUGAUCAUCAAUGGCUCGGUGAUUUCGGGGACGGCAGAAGUUCUAUGCUGCAAUCUCCUGUCACCGGAGACUUCAUUUUUCGGUCCACUGUGGAUGCUCAUGUUCAGCCAUCCUUUUCCUUACCAAACAGCUUGCUGAGUAACGGUAAUAGGAUGAAUGCAUCUUUAGGGAGUGGCCCUUUGUUCCCUAACUUCUCGACCCAGAGCCAAUCGGUAUUGCAGUUCCAGAGAGGUGUAGAGGAAGCUAACAGAUUCCUUCCCAAAGGUACUCAGUUAUUUAUUGAUCUGGAGAAGAGCAGCGAAAACUCGUGGUUGAAGGAAAGGAAAUCAGUGCAUGUGGUUAAGGUGGAGAAGGAUGAAAGUGACUUUUUGACUCUCAGUGGAAUAAGGGGAAAGAAGAACCACAAGAGAGAGGAUACUGAAUUUGAAGAUGAGAGGAGUAACAAGCAGUCAGCAGUGUAUGUUGAUGAAGCUGAGCUAUCCGAGAUGUUUGCUAAUAUCUUAAUCUGUAAUCGUGGAGACAGGAGGCCAGAUUGCGAAGCUGAUAAAUCCUCUCGAAAAGAAGGAAGCGAAUCUUUGCAGCAGAAUAGACAGACACACGCUGCUAAUGGCGGGAAGACUCAUAAUAAGAAACCAACCACGACCAGCAAUAAGACAGAGGUGGAUCUCAGAACUCUGUUGAUCCUUUGUGCACAAGCUGUCUCUUCUGACGAUCGAAGGACCGCUGAUGACUAUCUAAAGCAGAUUAGGCAGCAUGCUUCCCCCUUUGGUGACGGGUCUCAGAGGUUGGCACAUUACUUGGCGAAUGGCCUUGAGGCACGCUUAGGAGGCACUGGUUCUCAGGUCUAUACUGCUCUAGGUUCUAAAAGGACAUCAGCGGUGACUCUUUUGAAAGCUUACCAAGUUUAUCAUUCAGCCUGCCCGUUUCAGAAAAUGGCAACCAUCUUUGCGAACCAUAUGAUCUUGGAUUUAGCUGAGAAAGCAACAACGCUUCAUAUUAUCGACUUUGGAAUCUUGUACGGUUUCCAAUGGCCAGCUUUCAUCUCUCGUCUCUCCAGGAGGACAGGCGGGCCACCCAAACUGCGUAUUACAGGGAUAGAGCUUCCCCAACGAGGUUUCCGACCAGCAGAAGGAGUUCAGGAGACGGGACGCCACUUGGCAAAGUUCUGCGAGCGAUUCAAUGUUCCAUUUGAGUACAAUGCGAUUGCUCAGAAAUGGGAUUCUAUCAAAAUUGGGGAUCUCAAAAUAAGGAACGGCGAGACCAUUGCUGUGAAUACCAUGUUUCGGUUUAAAAAUCUCCUUGAUGAGACGGUUGUCUUGAAUAAUCCCAGGGAUUCUGUUCUGAAUUUAAUCAGAAAAAUAAGGCCACAUAUCUUUGUGCAGGCCAUUGUCAAUGGAUCUUUUAGUGCCCCCUUCUUCGUGACACGGUUCCGUGAGGCUCUCUUUCACUACUCUGCCAUGUUUGAUGCAUUUGAUACUAAUUUAGAGAGGGAUAACCAGAUGAGACUGAUGUUUGAGAAAGAGUUCUUUGGCCGAGAAGCUAUAAAUGCCAUUGCAUGUGAGGGGACGGAGAGAAUUGAGAGGCCGGAGACAUAUAAGCAAUGGCAGAUUCGCAAUAUGAGGGCCGGGUUCAAGCAAUUGCCACUGGACCCAGCACUUAUGAAGAAAUUGCGAUAUAAGUUGCAGAGGUACAAUGAUGAUUUCGUGGUUGACGAAGAUGGCCACUGGAUGCUGCAGGGGUGGAAGGGCCGAAUUCUGUAUGCUUCAUCUUGUUGGGUACUUAACUAGGACUUUGUUGAGCUUGUUUUUAUGAGUCAUCUACCAGAUGGACCCGACUGAGUACUCAUUGAAGGCAUCCUUGUUUCCUGAAAAGAGCGUGAAUUUGUGGAGCUGCUGCUUGUGAUCUUUCUUUUGACAAUACUAGAGCAGAAAACAUUUAUGGGGCUUUCUUGGAGGUGCGGGCGUUCCUUAUUGAGCCACUGUCAUUACUUUGGUAGGAUAUAACCAGCUGUACUUUUAUAGCUGCUUGCUUUUCUGACAGUUAGUAGCAGAAUCUGGGUUCACACGAUUACAUUAGGGAGAUGUACUUCUUUUGUAGACAGUACUCACCAGCUUAUGUGAUUUGAUACCUCUGUGUAUGAUAUAUUUUUUAUAGUUGAA